ACGGUUGUCGGCAAAUGUGAACAUUCCUAUUAAUUUUCGGUGUUUUCUCUUCCUCUCAAUGGAUUUCGCUCGAGUUUUCGUUAUUUUCGCCAUUGUCACAAUAACCAAGAGCAUUCCACUACCCGGAUUGGAAGAACUUUCUUCUGAAUAUUAUGUCAAGAAACCAAAAAUACCUACAGAAGCGGCCAUUCAGAAUUUUAUUAGAGGGGGCGCUGAUUUUAAUUCAAUGACAGAUAAAGGCAAACAUCGAAAUGAGGCUGACCAAAAAUUUGUUACUAAGAUGGCGGAUGGUCAAGAUUCGGCUACACUUUUAACAAUGUUAAAACAUAUGAAUGGUGUGGAGCUGCUAGAAUUGUUAAACAAGGCGUUAGCCUUGCCCAGAUCAAAGGAAGCGGUCUCUAAAAUUCAAGAGGUAAAAACCGUUACAAUUCCCAGAAAACAUGUGCUACCGUAUGUAGGGGAGAAACAGGAGAGUCAAUCGACAAUGCCUUUAAACAUUGGUUCCGAUGGAAUGGAAACAAAAUUGAAACCAAAUUAUCCUGAACAAAGCAAUUCUAACCUUAAUGAAAACCAUGCAACUGAUACAAGUCGACAAAUUCCACACCUUAAUACCUUGCAAAUGACAGAAAACAAUAAUAAUAUGGCAUCGCUAAAUGGUUAUGAAAUCAACAAAUCAGGAAAUAAAAUUUCAUUAACCAAUGAAGCCAAAGGAUCCAUGCCCGCAAAACCAACGUUUACAAAUGAAGUAAAAUUUCAGCAGAAUAAUGGGAAUGCUAAUCCAAGUGUCACUGGAAGCCAAACAGUACACAGUGGGAAUUCUAUGAAUACGUACAACUCGGCUCAACUCAACACAAACCCAAUGUCCAUGUUAUCCGCAGGGAUGAGUUCAUCUGGGGGUGGCAAUGUAGGUAAAACCCAGUAUAUUCUACCAAACGAAAAUCAAGUAAGCAAAACCGCAGAGGUAUCUCGUUUUGACCCCAAUCGCUUGAUGAGCUCUUGGACGAGUACAAAUGGCUUCAAUCCGGCGAAGUACAACGUUGGUCAAAACUUCAUAUCUGCUGGUGAGUGGACGAGAUAUACAAACAGACCAACUGGGUAUGCGGGAAUUAUGCACAAGUUUAGUCAGGCACCGGCUGGGAACCAAAAUCCCUCAAAUUCCCAGACAUCAAGCAUGUUAGAUCAAAAGAAUAGUCAAUCCUCAUCACAGAUGUCUUCGUCAAACGCGAUUCAAAACUCGGCUUUAUCUGCGCAAAUGAAUUUCAUCCCGAACAGUAUGGUUUUACCUAACUCCAAACUUUCCAAUAUGAAUAUAAAGCUUAGUUUUGAUCCAGAUAGAUUGAACAUUUUGCAAGGAUCAUUCCAUCCUGGUCAGUUUGCGUCUGUUUCUACUUCCAAGUUAGGCACUUCUCAACAACCGCAAUUCGAUGCUAAUGCAAUAAAUCAACAGCUGAUGGGACUUUCCGGUAGCGGUGAGCAUACGAUGCAAAAUCAACCGCAAGCUAACCAAGGAGCAAAGAAAUCUGGAUUUCAAACGCCAUUUAACACUGCUUUUAACACUGCAGCAAUGGGGUUCAGCCCCGAUCUUUUCUUAGGUCCUCUGUCUCAAUAUUCAAAGAAGCAUACUCCAAAUAGUGCAGAUAAAAGUACAGAGGCACAGAAUACAAAACAAAAAAGAUCAUUUUAUGAUUUGAUAGAACUGGAAGCAGACGAUGAUCAAAAUGGUUUUUCGUCAAAUGUCUCUGCCAAGAACGUGACUGUCCACACGACCAUUGCACCGACUGCAUCUUCAACCGACCAGACGAUGCAAACUACGACGCCAUCGGAGAAGGUCGUAUCUUACUCGGGUUUUGAUCCUGAUGCAAUAAACAAGCCGAUCAUGUAUAACCCAGGCACGUUGCCAGGGAUGAACAUGGGGUCAUUUCAGUACAACUCACAACAACAACAACAACAACAACAACAACAAAUAAACCCGAACUCUACAGAAAACAAGUAUGCAUACCUUGGGUUUAAUCCUUCUCAAGUGAACAACGCAAAGAUGAGUUUUGACAUCAACUCUCAGCUAGGAAUUGAUGGAAAAUCCCAGUCGUUUGGGGGUCAAGCUUUUACUGGGGGUUACGAUCCUAUGAAAACUAACAUCAUGGCGAUUCAAAACCCGUUUGCCAAAAACAACGACAAUAGCAGCCAUUCUUUCACUGCAGGUACCGUAUCCGGGUAUGAGUCGGCUUUUGUCGGUAAUUUCAACCCUAAUAGUAUUAAUCAAGGAAUGAUGCAAACAAUGAUAAAUUCAAAAAAUGAAAAUAAGACUGCAGGUGCAGGAGGUUACUUUGGAAUGGGAAUGGGAUUUGACAUGUCGGGAUAUAGUGGCAGUUUCGAUCCAUCAUCGGUCAACAAUGCCGUUUUUAAUCCGAAUGAAGUAAACAAGGUGCAAAUGCAUUUCAAUCCAAGCGAGAUGUUGGAGAAAAACCCUGGCUACGACGCGGACAAAGCAUUAGCGUACAAGUUUAACCCCAACCACAUCAACAACAUGCAGAUGCAUUUUAAACCAUCUUUCUUGGCAAAUAAUAAUGGAGCGCCGUCGUCUGCGGCUGAUAACGUCACCAACAGCUCCACAGCUAAUGGGGGUUCAGGGUUCGUGCCUGGUCUGCUCGGUGGCGGAAACAAGAAUGAAAUACCAAUAUUCAAUCCGGACUCCGUAAACAAUGCUCACAUGCACUUUGCCCCAAUCGGAAUAAACAACCAAAUGGUCCCUCAAACAAAUAACAACCAGACGACCAAUACAACCGCUGCGCCAACCGAGGCGUCGACUUUGUUUAAUCCUAAUAACGUUAAUAACGCCAAAAUGAGCCUCAAUCCAGGCUGGAUUGUUCAAUCUGACAGCCCCCGGACAAAGGGUCGAUUUAAGUCAGCCUCCACGCCUGGUCUUCUGGAGGGUGUAAGGGUGUUUUUGGAAAAUAGCAAAGUAAAGGAAGGGACUAAUGAGUCGUGGCUUCAGCUGUUAUCAAACAAUCCAUAAUUUGUAAAGUGUUCUUGUUCUGAUAUAAAAACGUUAGGAGUCAUUGAGUGUGAUGUUAUUUAAUUCUUAAUUUAAUACUACAUAAAAUAAUUGUCUUCUUAUUUUAAACAUUCCGAUGUUUUAAUCCUCUAAGAAAUAAGCCCAUCAAAAUUGUUCAUUGUCAAGACUUUCGACGGAGAAACAGAAACAAAGGCAAUAACUUACUGUGAGUGAAUAAUAAAAAAUACUAGUAGUUCUCCAUAUAGAUACUGAAGACGCAGAAUUUUCGUCGUGAUAUACUUUUGUUUGUUUGUGAUGUGAAUUGGUAUAUUGGAAUUGAGUUUUAUUGUUUUAAAAUAAAAACCUUUCUGAUAACAUGUAAUA